UAGGGACAAGUACACAGGCACCCUCUGAAAUUACUUCAGAUAAAUAACUCCAGUUUUCAUUGCUAUCCAGAUCUGAUUUGCCAUCACACUUCAGUCCUUUACAGACAGACUCAUUUACAAUGGAGGGCAACCAGUCAUGGAUCACAGAAUUUAUCCUGGUAGGAUUCCAGCUCAGUGAAGAGAUAGAAUUGCUUCUCUUUGUUAUCUUCUUCAUAUUAUAUAUCUUCAACCUGCUGGCAAAUGGCAUGAUCUUGGGGCUCAUUUGCCUCGACCUCAAACUGCACUCCCCCAUGUACUACUUCCUUUCUCAUCUGGCCGUUAUUGACAUGUCUUAUCCUUCCAGCAGUCUGCCCAAUAUGCUGGAAAACCUAGUGAAACACAAAAAAACUAUCUCCUUUGACUCAUGCACUAUGCAAAUGGUUUUCAGUUUGGCUUUUGGUUCUGUAGAGUGCCUGAUUUUGGUGGUGAUGUCCUAUGACAGGUAUGUGGCGAUCUGCCAUCCCCUCCGGUACACUGUCAUCAUGAACUGGAGACUGUGCAUAGUCCUGGCCAUCACUUCCUGGGCAUGUGGGUUUUCCCUGUCUCUGGUACAAGUUUUUCUCCUGCUAAGAUUGUCUUUCUGUGGGCCCCAGAAGGUAAACCACUUCUUCUGUGAGAUUAGAUCUGUUCUUAAAGUGGCCUGUGGUGAUACUUGGAUCAGUGAAAUUUCUCUCUUUGCUGAUGGUGUGUUCAUAUUAGUUACACCAAUUUUCCUGGUGCUGGUCUCCUAUGUUCGCAUCCUCUGGGCCAUCCUGAAGAUCCAGUCGAAGGAGGGCCGCAAGAAAGCCUUUUCCACCUGUUCUUCCCACCUCUGUGUGGUUGGGUUCUACUUUGGCAUAGCCAUGAUGGUUUACAUGGUCCCUGACAACAGUAAACAAGAGGAGCAGCUGAAAAUCCUUUUCCUGUUUUAUACCCUCUUCAACCCAUUGCUGAACCCCCUCAUCUACAGUCUAAGGAAUGCUCAAGUGAAGGCUGCCUUCUACAGAGUAUUGCAGAUAAAUACGACAGUGUGAAGGAGCAUAAAAUUUUGAUUCACCAGAAUUUUCCACCUUAACAGAUGUGAUUUUCUUGUCCCAAAAAACUCAAGAAAGUUC